ACGCAGUGUGAUCUAAACUCUCUUCGUUGGUGUCGUUCUUGGCACGGCUCGGCACGCUUGGAUGAGAUCAAUUAUAAAGCAUAAGCAGAUCUAGUGUGUGUGUUGAGCGGAGUCCACCAGAGCGCUGGGCAGAGCGACUCCAAUCCCCGCCGCUGUUCCUGGCUCGGUCUCCCCUGCCUGACGUCAGCUGACUCUCCGCGCCCGUGGACACAACAGCGCGUAAAAAAUGCUGCUCUCUGCGCCGCCAAGGACGGGGAUCAACGCGUACAACGGAUACACCGGCAAAAACAGCAAGAAGACAUAUGUGUCCCCCUCCAACCAUCAGAUGGCUCCCCCAAGCCCCAACAGCAACAACAAUAUCAACAGCUCCACCAUUAGUAAUGGCAGCACCAACUGUGGGGGAGAGCAGCUCAGCAAAACCAACCUCUACAUCCGUGGCCUCCACCCAGGAACCACAGACCAAGAUCUGGUCAAGCUCUGUCAACCGUACGGGAAAAUUGUGUCGACCAAGGCCAUCUUGGAUAAGACCACAAACAAAUGCAAAGGCUAUGGCUUUGUAGACUUUGACAGUCCAGCCUCAGCUCAGAAGGCAGUGACAGCACUGAAGGCGGGUGGCGUGCAGGCUCAGAUGGCCAAGCAACAGGAGCAGGACCCCACCAACCUCUACAUCUCCAACCUUCCACUGUCGAUGGAUGAGCAGGAGCUGGAGAACAUGCUGAAGCCCUUCAGCCAGGCCAUUUCCACCCGGAUCCUCCGGGACGCCAGCGGAACCAGCAGGGGAGUGGGCUUUGCCAGGAUGGAGUCAACAGAGAAAUGUGAAGCAAUCAUCCAACAUUUUAAUGGAAAAUUUAUCAAAACUCCCCCUGGUGUUCAAGGCCCAUCAGAACCCUUGCUGUGUAAAUUUGCUGAUGGGGGCCAAAAGAAGCGUCAGAGCCAAGGAAAAUAUCUGCAGAGCGGUCGGCCCUGGACGAGAGACGGAGAGUCUGGAGGAAUGACCCUCACCUAUGACCCCACCACAGCCUUACAGAACGGGUUCUACUCCUCCCCGUAUAGCAUCACCCCCAGUCGGAUGGUUGGGCCAGCCUCCCUCUCCCCGUACAUGCAUUCCCCCGUGUCCACUUAUCAGGUGCACAACCCAUCCUGGAUACAUCACCAGUCAUACAUAAUGCCACCCACAGGAGCGGUGCUGACGUCAGGAAUGGACCACGCCAUGUCCAUCCAGCCGACCUCCAUGAUAGGACCCCUGACACAGCAGCUCAGCCACCUCUCCAUGGGCAGCAGUGGCACAUACAUGCCUAACACAUCCAUGCAGGGAACAUACAUACCUCCAUACACCCAAGUGCCUGCAACCAACAUCUCAGUUGAGGAAAGUGCUGUCCAGCAGCCUGUUGCCAUAGAGACGCCCACCGAACACUCAACCUAUUCCUACCAGCAUAACAAGUGAAGAGAUCUUCCUCUGGAGGCCGGACCGACUCUUGAGAGACGGGGCGGCGGCAGCGGCGGCUAACUUUUCUCCAUAACGGACCAGAAAAUAUAUUUUCUAUGAACUGAUGUUUUAAGUCUUUUACUCCCAAAAAAAAAGCAAAGCUGGAGACAAACGAGAACAGAACAAGGAGCAACUUUGUUGAUUACAAUCAAGAGGAAGGAGUCACAUGCAGUACAUUCAUGGUAAAGGUCUUUUGGACUUCACUACAUCUCCCACAAUACUCCAGUAAGGAAGAGAGAAACCAAGGAAAGAACAUUUCAGCUUCUUUUUCUUAUUUUUGGAGUUCUUUGUAAAAUAGGCUGAUCUUGCUUCUCUUUUUUGCUGUCUGACAUUUUCAGGUUUGGAACUGCCUUGUGUACAUAAUUCCUUAUUUGUGUGUUUCUGUUGUUUUGUUUUUUUUUGUCUUGAUUGGAUUCAAAUAUUUGAAGAGACUGAAUUUGUCAUAGCGCUCUCAUUAAGCAUCUUGAUAGGAAAGCUGGUCUGGGUGGUCUCACUACUGUUUGGCACUUCCUUAUAAGAAAGUUUCACGAAAGCUUCAGACAAUCAAAAGAUUACAAAGAAAAAAGGAGUCUCAAGAAGAACGCUUCAAAGAAAAAGUAGUUUAACCAUUCCAAAUAAUGUGGCGCACAAAAGUCUGUUUCAGAUUUUUCAGUGUGAGCAGAAGACAACAUCAUUUCAACACAUCAAAUAAAAAUGACACGUUACCAUUCACACAUUUUUAAUGGCUAUUUGCGUUCUUAACCCCCUAUUUUCUACACUUUUUAACACUUACUUCCUUCUUUAUGAAAUUUUUUUUUUUAUCUAUUAUGAGUGAUUUUAAUCUAUUUCCCUUGUAAAAUAAUUCUUGCAUCUUUUAACUUAUUCUGUUGCCUUUAUUUGUUACUUUUGCAAAGUUUCCAAUCCUUUUUUUGCUGAGUUUUUUGACAAAAUGCUUUAGUUUAUGGGUUUGGGGAUAAUUAACAAGCAUCCUGAUGCAAAGCUUAAUCUUGACAAUAAUUCAGGCAAAUAUGCAUCAAACCACUUCAGCUCCAAAAUGACAUUAAUUUAGCUUUUUUUAAAUUUUGAAAGUAAGUUUUGUUCAUAUCUGGUAAUAAAUUCAGACAUCAAGGAGUUAAAUAUUAGUUUCUUAGAGUCAUUCAGCUUUGAUGCAUGCUUUUAAUAUCUGUUGAAUUCCCUCUUUAAAACUGGUUUUAUAAAAUAUAAAAAAACGUUGUGGUACUGCCCCCUAGUGGUAGGUAUAUUCCAGAGCUCCUCGUAAACCAAACUCCUUUCAUCCAUUACAACCAGUGUUUUAAAGUUUGGUGUUUUGGUUAUGUGUGCGUCUUCUGCUCACUUGUCUGAUUAUUUUGUGCGCCACUGAAACGACAUAUUAGGUUUACUUUGAGCUGCUCCACCUGAUGGAAUCCAAAGUUGCAAAACAGGGAUCAACAGAAUACUCAGUGGUGCCUGUAAAUACAUCACAUACAUGUUUUUAGACGAUUCAUUUAGUAACAAAAUGGGGAAACUUUGCAUUUCUGCAUUUCCCAUAAACAUUUAUUUCAAGGAAAAUACUUUUUUUUUCUUAAAUCCUCAGAAAAUGGUUUUCCAAAGCAGCAAUUUUUACUAAAGUGUGUAGAUUUGACUAAGCAAGCAUGGCGAUCAACUGGAAAAUGACCUCGUAAAGUAGUUGAAAUGUGCGGUCAAUGAUGCGUCUGCCUUUUUUAUUGUUUUGCCCUCCCCACCCUUUUUUAAAGUUAUUUAAAAGGUUUGUAUUUUUUGUUUUAAAGCUUUUAAGAUUGAUCAUAUUUUUUCAAAAAAAGCUUUGAUUUUAUUUUUGAUAGUGUGUUGUGUCCUGCAGAUAUUAGGAAAUAGAUAAUAGGUUUUUUUUUUAAAAUAGUGAUUGUUUGUAUCUUGUUCUGGUUUCAGUGUUUAUGUGAAAAAGGCUUUAAUUUUGUUUUUAAUUUUGUUUGGCCUGUGUCACAACGUUGGCACUUUAUGAUUCCAGAUCUUGUAUGUUCGGUUCAGAUGCCAUGUUACAGUCAACCCCAUAAAGUUGGGAUUAUAGUAGGAAAAAGAAAUCAUGCUCAAAACCUCGACUUACCUCAUUCUGCCAGAACAUUGCAGAUUGUUUGUCUACAUUUCUCAUAUGUAAAGACCAACUCCAGGCUCCUCACAGCUGGUUCUGUGUCCACAUCCUUUAACUCUUCCGUCCAACAUUUAGAAAACACCCAAGUUCUGGUAAUCUAUGCAAUUAAUUUAUAAUUCAUGCAAUGCAAUAGAAUUAUUUUGAAGAAAGCUCAAAAAAUGUCAUUAAAUCACACCAUAAUGUGGCUUUUAUCUUCCAUAAAACUUUUUUUUUCUUUUCUGACAAAUCUUUUGUUCCACUAAAGGUUCAAAUUCUAAAUUUAAAAGGGAAUUGUUAUGCGAGAGCUGUGGCUCACCGUCCAACUUCACUGAAAUGCCUUAGAUUUCUCUGGGAGGAACUGUAAAGAGCAGCCUUGUGUUUGUGGGCUUAAAUCUCUAACUGGAAUCGUUUGAACUCACAAUUCCUCUGGACACAGACACACAAGCAGGUGUGUUUUACCUUUGUUGAUAACAUUCACAACUCUGAAAAAAAAAAGCUGUUCUGGCAUGAAUCUCAACACCAACUGCUGCUAACUUUGAAGCGCUAUCCGCUUAUCUGAAGGUCAAUAGUUCACGUGGUCAACUUCUAAUUCACAUUCAACGUCUCAAGCUUUUUUUUUGUUGCAUUGCCUUUUAAUGUUUGUGCCAUCCUUUCUGGUGAAAAACAAUCUUUACAACUUCAACUUUGUUCACUUUUUUUUAAUAAAUGUGUUUUUUUU